AUGCAGACGGUGACUAUGAUCCCAGGAGACGGCAUCGGGCCGGAGAUCUCCAAUGCUGUGAUGAAGAUCUUUGAGGCUGCUAAAGCUCCUAUCCAAUGGGAGGAGAGGAACGUGACGGCCAUCCAAGGGCCCGGCGGGCGCUGGAUGAUCCCCCCCGACUGCAAGGAGUCCAUGGACCAGAGCAAGAUCGGCCUGAAAGGCCCCCUGAAGACCCCCAUCGCGGCCGGGCACCCCUCCAUGAACCUUCUGCUCAGAAAGACCUUCGAUCUCUACGCCAACGUGCGGCCGUGCGUCUCCAUCGAGGGAUACAAGACUCCGUACACCGACGUGAACCUGGUGACCAUCAGAGAGAACACUGAGGGGGAGUACAGUGGGAUAGAGCACCUGAUCGUGGAAGGCGUGGUUCAGAGCAUCAAACUGAUCACGGAGGACGCCAGUCGACGCAUCGCAGAAUACGCCUUCGAAUACGCCCGAAACAAUCAGAGGAGCAGCGUGACGGCCGUUCAUAAGGCCAACAUCAUGCGGAUGUCAGACGGUCUGUUUCUCAGGAAGUGUCGUGAAGUUGCUGAGAACUACAAAGACAUCAAGUUCACUGAGAUGUACCUGGACACCGUGUGCCUCAACAUGGUACAGGAUCCCACUCAGUUCGACGUGCUCGUGAUGCCGAACCUGUACGGAGACAUCCUCAGUGAUCUGUGUGCCGGGCUGAUCGGAGGACUCGGAGUCACGCCCAGCGGAAACAUUGGAGCCAACGGAGUCGCCAUCUUUGAAUCGGUGCACGGCACUGCCCCGGACAUCGCAGGCCUGGACAUGGCGAACCCAACGGCUCUUAUUCUCAGCGCGGUGAUGAUGCUGCGUCACAUGGGACUGCACGACAUCGGGAACAACAUCCAGAACGCCUGCUUCGACACCAUCAGGGACAAGAAGGUGCUAACCAAGGACCUCGGAGGAAACUCUAAAUGUUCCGAGUUCACCGACGAUAUCUGCCGUCGCAUCCAAGACAUGUGAUCCCAGCAGGGGGCGCCACUGAGCAGAGAGACCCCAAAUACACCUGAUCAUCUUCAUGUAUUGUUUUCUGUAUGAAAUGGAGAAACACCUGAUCUCUUGUAUGUUUCCAUGGAGACGUCCUGCUUCCUGUUCAUAUCGGGGUGUUUUGGGGUUUUCCUGCUUCCUUUCGGCGAACACCAUGAAACAUUCACAGCCAAGAUACGCACAAUGUCACACGACCAAGAGUUUACUCAGAUAUCCAGAUAUCAUUCUGAUAAUAGUUGUUUUAGUUUUCAGCACUCCCCUGAUGAUAGGUAGAUGAUGGACAGAUCUGUUUCAGCACUCUGAUGAUAGGUAGAUGAUGGACAGAUCUGUUUGUAACGGUCAUCUGGUGUAACUUAUUUAUUCUGUUCCUGCUUCCUCUGUUUCUACAUUAAUAAACGCUGUGGAGAGAACUGA